AUGGCGGAGCCCUCGUUUGGCAGUUUGAGCCCAGGAGGCUCAGCAGGUUCGACAGACCAUGAUUUCGACCCGUCAGCAGACAUGCUCGUGCACGACUUCGAUGAUGAGAGAACCCUAGAGGAAGAGGAGUCGAUGGAGGCAACUGAUGAAGCUAAUGCAACUGAAAUUGAUGACCUUGCACGGGAGGGAGAGAUGCCAAUCCAUGAGUUAUUAAGCAUGUACGGAUAUGGUGGCGGUUCACCAGCAGAGGAUGAUGAUGAGGAGGAGGACGAAGAGCCUGAGGAAGAAGAGGAUGACGAUGAAGAGGACGAGGAAGAGGACAUGGACAAUGAUGAGAGCAGCAGAAGCACUGGAGAGCUCAAACAAACAGUGGGUGGAGGCAUGAAAAUCUCAUGUGGUGAAGUGGUGCAGGCGGCUCCAGAGGGUCGCACACGCCCCGUCAGAUCACUUGGCACCGCAGAACUUAUUCGUCCUCAGAAGUUAAAGUACUUUGAUAAUAAUAAUGAUAUUGAAGAAGAAUCAGAUGAAGAUGAAGAUUAUGUUCCAUCUGAGGAUUGGAAAAAGGAAAUAAUGGUUGGUUCUAUGUAUCAAGCAGAAACUCCUGCUGGGCUUUGCAAAUAUAAAGACAAUGAGAAAGUUUAUGAAAAUGACGACCAGCUUUUGUGGAACCCAGAGUGUCUGUCUGAAGACAAAGUCGUGGAGUUUUUAGCUGAGGCGUCCAAGCGGACAGGAGAUGAGAAAGGCGUGGAUGCCAUUCCAGACGGUUCCCAUAUCAAAGAUAAUGAACAAGCUCUAUAUGAACUUGUGAAGUGUGACUUUAAUACAGAGGAAGCUUUAAGAAGGCUGAGGUUUAAUAUCAAAGCUGCUAGAGAGGAACUCUCAGUCUGGACAGAGGAAGAAUGUCGACAUUUUGAACAGGGACUGAAAACUUACGGGAAAGAUUUUCAUUUAAUACAGGCCAACAAGGUGAGAACUAGGUCUGUAGGAGAUUGUGUGGCCUUUUAUUACAUGUGGAAGAAGUCUGAGCGUUAUGAUUUCUUUGCACAGCAAACCAGACUUGGGAAAAGAAAAUACAACCUUCACCCAGGUGUCACAGAUUACAUGGACAGAUUGUUGGAUGAAACGGAGAGUGCCACAUCCAGUCGAGCUGCGUCCCCUCCACCUGCCACGUCUGGGGGCAGCACAAGUCAUUCGGAGAAGGAAGAUGGCACCAGUCACAAUGGUGUUGUAAACCACAAUUCGAGCCACUUUGUGGAAGUUGCUCCCUGUUCUGCACCACUUCAAGUGAAACAUGAACUGCCCCAGUCCAAUGGUCCUUUACCAGUUUUGGAGUCACAUCCUCAUAUUUUAGAAAACUCCAAUGGCUGCAGCCAGACCAGUGCUCCCAUCCAUGACCAGAAUGGGUCUCUGGAGCCCUUUGUAGAGCACUCAGCAGCCGAAUCAGCGUUGGAGCUUGAGAGGCCGGUCAAAAGGUGUCGAACUGAACCAGAUCAUUUGCCUUGUCAUGAAAUGGAGUCAAGUAUCCAGGACAACUAA